AUGAAGGCAUGGGACUCACAAAUGAGCACUCUUCAGCAGUAUACGAACACAUCUGGAAAGAAGUUCCCGUUGCCGACUUCACAAAAGGCAAUCGAGCGGAUCCUGACCGACCAAGAAGAAGUGAUCAAGGAGCUGUUCACGAAGAUAAAGGAUAUUCGAGCAGAAUGUCUACUCCAAGAGCGGUACCGCCAAGAUGUCUCGAACAAGCGAAUCUGCGACUCCCUGAAGGAAAUCAAGGAAGAACUCGACCAGUUGCGAGGAAGUUUGCAAGACAAUCGUGAUGGGCGAGUCAGCGAAAGCGAACAAGCGAGAAUCGCAGAAAAUGUGGAGUUUAUGGAGUCUGUCCAAGAAGAACAACCACAACCACCGGACGAAGAAAAAGAGUCCAUAUUCGAAGAGAUCCAUCAUCUCGAGCAAGAACUGAAGCAAGUCCACAACAAGAUACGCGAACUUGCCGCUCUCCGAAGAUGUCGUCCUAGACAAUAUGAAGAAGGAAUCACACGUGAAGAAGAGACAACGAUGCGAUGCGCUUUCUGCUUUGCUGAAGGCAGGCACUAUUCUGAUUCUGCCGCAAGUCAGCUGAGGAGGAAAGACUGA